AUGGAACAGAACGAAUAUGACGAAAGAAGCAAUUUACUUGAAGAACUUGAAGAUGAGCGAUAUCCUUUUGGAAUUCCUAUCGUUAACUAUAGUGUCCCAGAUCAAAUGGCAUUUAUACGUAAAACGUGGGCAAUUUUUACCAUACAUGUAUUCCUUAUUCUUUCGACUGCAUCGAUUUUUAUUCUAACUUACAAAUCCAAUGAUGAUUUUCAACCACCUUGGUAUUUGAUAUUAAUAUAUGCAUUGGUAAAUUCAUAUGUGAUAGGAAGUUUAAUUUGCCUAUUAAGAUUAUAUUCGGCACUUGAAGCUUUGCUCAUAUUAUUUAUAAAUUGUUUAUCACUCCUUGGAUUUACCAACCAAAAUACUUAUAAAUUCAAAUCUAAAGAAUCCGUAAUAUUAACAAUAAUUACCACUUUUGCAUCAACAUCAAUUCUUUAUAUAGUUUAUUUGGAAAAUUCUAAAGAAAUAGAAUUUUAUGAUGCAAUAAUAGCAUUCUUAAUAGCAUUACCUUUAUCAUUAUUUUUUAUAUUUGAUACUUGGUAUUUAAUGAAAAGUAUGAAUAAAAAAGAAUUUUGGGGAGCUAGUGUUCAAUUAAUAUUAGAUUUAUUUGCACCAUUUAAAUUUAUACAAUAA